AUGGAGCUCGAAGAAAGGAUCAAGAAAAUAGAUCACAUAGAAAAUAUGAUGAAAGAGGGUAGAACCAAACCCUUCUAUGGGGAAGCGUCCCUAAGGUCCUCAAAGCCACCAUUCAACAAAGAGAUCAUGGAGGCUCCACUGCCAAGUAGAUUCAAGAUGCCCACCUUCGAAAGGUACGAAGGUCUGUCCGACCCAAUUGAUCAUCUAGACACCUUUAAGAUGGUGAUGCAGCUACAAAGGGCUCCAGAUGCCAUCAUGUGCCGAGCUUUUGCAACAACCCUUAAGGGUACUGCCAGAGACUGGUACCAAACUCUACGACCAGGAUCGAUCGGUUCCUUCUCAAAAAUGGAACAACUGUUCACCGACCACUUCCUUAGUAGCCGGAGAAUUUCUAAAACAACAGGCCAUCUCAUGAGUAUGGCACAAGGAGCUCAGGAGACUCUAAAGAAAUUCAUGCACCGCUUUAACACAGCAACCCUAGAAAUCCGCAACCUAGACAUGGGGGUAACUUUAGCAACCUUGACAAUAGCUCUUCAGCCUGGAAGUUUCUUAUACUCUCUGGGGGAAAAACCACUGAUGGAUAUGGGGGAACUGAUGGCUCGAGCACAGAAAUACAUCAACCUGGAGGAGAUGAUGGACACAAGAGGAAGUCGUAUAGAACGGAAAAGGAAAAGUAGUAGCAGGGAGAUGGGAGAAUCCUAUAGAUCCGCGAAAAGACAAGAGACUAGUACACUACACACAAGCCCAAAGAUAAGAGGGCAACCCAAUAAGUUCUCCACCUACACACCCCUAAAUGUACCAUGCUAUGAAUUACUGAUGCAGAUCAGAAAGAAGGAUUACAUUUCGUGGCCCUAA